ACUGAAUCCAUAGCUUCCGGCAAUAACAGGGUCAUUUCAGGAGCAACUCAACUCGGUGAGAAAGGGCGAGAAAGAGAGAGAGAAUGAGAGCCUGUUUGGAGGGAAAAAAAGUGAUACUGGUUCCGUACAUGAAGGAGCAUGUCCCGAAGUACCACCAAUGGAUGCAAGACCCGGCUCUCCUCCAAGCCACCGGGUCGGAGCCCCUAACCCUGGACCAAGAGUACGAGAUGCAGCUCUCCUGGACCCAAGACCCCAACAAGCGAACUUUCAUUGUUUUGGACAAGGAGAUGGUUGAUGGAGACUUCAUCCAAGGGCAUCCCCACGUGGAGGCCAUGGUUGGUGAUGUCAAUUUAUACAUGAAUGACUUGGAUGAUUCCCAAAUGGCAGAGAUUGAAAUCAUGAUAGCUGAAACCAAAAGCCGUGGCAAAGGACUUGGCAAGGAAGCAAUCCUGAUGAUGAUGGCCUUUGCAAUCGAAACCCUUGGAAUCCACAUGUUCCGUGCUAAAAUUGGAGAAUCAAAUCAAGCUUCUCUUAAUCUGUUUAGAAAAUUGGGCUUUGAGGAGUCUUCCUACAGUGAAAUCUUCAAAGAGGUAACACUGGAGUUGCCAGUUACAAAGCCUAAGCAUGAGGAGCUGCUGGGUUUAAUUGGUAAUAUGGUUACACAUAUGUAGUCCUCGAAAGCCCACCCUAUCAUGUUAUGUAUCUGUAUUAAAAGAAACUCUUCUCUUCAUUUACCUUAUUUGCUUAUAAAAGCUGAGUUUAUUGAUACUGAAACAUUUUUCCCUUCAACUUGAAUGUAAGGGCUUUAAGUUACUUCUGAAAUUCACGUGAAAAAGCAUCACAGUAAUUUGUCUUUUACAA